UUCCACCCAAGUGGAAUGCUCCAGAAUCCUUUAUUCCGCGGUAUAUCUUCAAAAUGUGCUGCUUCAUAUUCACCUGGCGCAGCGAUCUGCAAUGGUUGCACGCCCUCUUGAAAGAAGGAAAAAACUGGGAAGAGCUGCAUCAUCAAUAUCUGACCCAGCUCAAUCAAAUAAGCAUCGUGCAAGGACUUGUGCUUACCACUGCGGCGGUUUUUAUCUCCUCAAAUCCACCACUUGUGACAGAGGUCGACUACACGUCUCAUGCAUCUUACGCCUGUUUGGCGGAGUCGCUUGUCUUUUCGUUGUUUGGGCUAUUGUUCCAGCUGAAGGUAUCUGCCUCUGGAUUCCUUUUUCAAAGACGUAGCACCGCAGAAAUCAUAAUUGAGAGGCGCUGGAGAAUAUUCUGGCACCUCCUGGGUUUGGCAGUGCCAAUCAUUAUCUUUGCUAUAUCAGUGGUGCUUUUGCUCAUAGCCAUCGUGCUCACGGGGUUCACAUCUCACUCCAAAACUGUCCAGCUUUAUAUAAGCAUAACAUUUGCUUUCCUUGGCGCUUGUCAUUUGGUGUCGAUUCUGGGUUCACCAUUCUACCACCAUUUAUCGAACCUAUGCAUCAGCGUUGUUCGCG